GGACCACCCGUCCGUCAUCAAGCGCCGCUUCACCAGCGUUCUCAUUGUCUCCGGCCUUUCGCCCUUCUUCAUCUGGACCUGGAAAGAGGUGACUGGCGUUAAGAUGCAUCGCUCCUUGCUCUGAUGGGCUUCCGGCUUGAGGGCAUCAUCCCGGCGACCCUGCUGCCGCUACUGCUAACCAUGGUCUUAUUCCUUGGCCCCCUUAUCCAGCUGUCCAUGGACUGGCCGUGGGACCUGACGGACGCUCUGAGAAUCGUCUUUGACUCGCGGUUCUGGCUGCUCUGCCUGACCGACAUACGCUGGCUCCGCAACCAGAUAAUAGCGCCGUUCACCGAGGAACUCGUCUUCCGGGCCUGCAUGCUCCCCAUGCUGGUCCCCUGCACCGGGCUGGGGCCUGCCAUCUUCACCUGCCCCCUCUUCUUUGGAGUUGCUCAUUUUCACCAUGUCAUCGAGCAGCUGCGGUUCCGUCAGGGAAGCAGGACUAACAUCUUCCUCUCUGCAGUGUUCCAGUUCUCCUACACAGCCGUCUUCGGCGCGUACACGGCCUUCCUCUUCAUCAGGACAGGGCACCUCAUCGGCCCGGUGCUGUGCCACUCCUUCUGCAACUACGUGGGAUUCCCCGCCGUGGGCGCUGCGCUGGAGCACCGGCACCGCCUCCUGGUCGCCCUCUUCUACCUGCUGGGCGUGGCGCUCUUCCUCCUCCUCCUGCACCCCCUGACGGACCCGGCCUUCUUCGGACACUUGCCCAUCUGCUCCCUCUCCCGGCUGGCCCCCCCCACGGACAGCCUCCGGGGCUUCUCCCCGUGCUCCUGACGCCGGGCCCUCUCCCGCCGCGCCGGGGGGCGGCCGAGACUGUUCCACGCCCCGGCCCCGCGCUCGGGGCCGUGGCCACACGCGGGGGCCGAGGCGGCCGAGCUCGCUCCCGCAGCCUGGGUUUCUACGGGUCUUGGAG